GUACAAACACACUACAAAAUACAUGAGCAUAGUACAAGUAAAUACUGCAUUCCAUCACUGUAUACUAUUUGUUCUACUGGGCGGAGUAUCCGACUUCACACAUCGCACAAUUGACGCAAAAUUCACGUCUUUGUGACGCCACAAUAUGCUUAAAAAGCCCGAACGCAGAGCAGCAGCCCGCAGACUACACCGAACAAUUCAAGCAACCAGCCGCGAUUUCAUCUUUCAACUUCAGAAGAAAUGCACCAUCGAUUCAAAAAAUUCCCUAAAAGGAAAAACCAGAAAAGACAGACAAAAAUGCACAAGUCAAGCUUGAGCCAGCAGGCUCUUCAGGAAACUUCUUGUGAUUUCCCGAAAACACUGCAUUUUGAUAUUAUCAACGUACACAGAGAAUUAAAUGGUGAAAACCAGCUAUUGGAACUUAAAGAAACAGACACCAGACAGAACCUAGAAAUCCGAGGCAUGGAGGGCAAAGUCAGUAGCCUCGAGAAACGCAUGCGCUUAAUUGAGGAAGAAUUCUUCAAACGGGAGAAACAAAUAAGCAAAGGCCUUCAAAAUAAAGCAAAUACUCUGUCUCAUCUGACGACCAACACUUCAGCAUCACAAGGGGUAGCCUUUGUUAUUUUGAAGUCUGUUCCAGAAACCCUGCCCUCCAUACAGGAAAGCUCUGAUCAGAGGCCCAAAAAUCUCAUCUCAGAAAAUCAAACCAUCAAAACCUCUGCCCCAGCUUUCACCAAGACAAGCCUGACAAAAAAGAGAACUGGAUCAGACAUGCCACCACCCACAAAUGCCAAAAGGCUUCAACUUGAUGCUGCUUCAUCUGCUUCAUCUGAGUGUUGUGUUUGUUGUGCAAACACAACAAUCAGACCCAGAGCCCAAAUCUCCAGUGCAUUAGAAACACUGCAAAAGUCCUGUUCUGAUGUGUUACCUACAAACAGGAUUGAUGCACUUUGUAAAGGAGCAUGUGAACUUCCUGUUCUGACAGAUGAAGAGAAUUCUGUCAUUUCUGAGUUUUGUGUGAACAAGUCUUCAGCAGAGAUGUUUCUCUCUUUAAUUUUGGACUUGAUCAAGGCAGAGAAAGAGUCUACAGUACAUGACCUCCUGCAGUCUUACUGUAGGGUUUAUGUGGGCUUGUGUCAGCAGAGGGCAGACUCUCAUAAAGCACAUGCCCUCGCCUACAGACUUCUUAAAGAAGACUUUCCUGAAGCCCCCAAACUGAUUAUGGUCAUGGUGACAGCAUGGCCAUGUAUUUUCUCCCAUGACAGCGCUUUAUGCAGAGCUAUUCAUAUAGUGAGCAAAAUGAAGGCAGAUGGAAACAUAUUAGACUUGCUCAGCAAGUAUAUGUACUGGGAUGAGGACCCUCCAGGAAACAUCUACAAUAUGAUUGUUUGCACACUGAAGGAUCUUUUUGAAGACCACAGUCUAAGGUUCCAGAAGAGCAGCUGGUAUGGUUAUGAUCUCUGUGAUGCUGCCUGGAACUACAUCUUCAGCGUAGAUCUUCUGUGUGCACAACUGGGCUGGCCAUGGACUCUUAACAAUAUUAUACGAAUGGACCUUUGGCUGAUCCUGAACACUUGGCUAAGGAAAACAAGAUCUGGGCAAACACCAUUCCGAGGCAUCUGUUUAGGAGCAGUGUUCAGGCUACUUGGGCGACUUGGAAAACAAGGACUUAAGGAGAACAUGUUAGUUGAAAAUCUUGCAAAAAACAUGAUUGAGUUUGGAAAUCAAAACCUCUCAAAAGGUAUGUCCUGGGAAGUGCAGCUCUCUGUGAUCUAUGCCAUUCAUGAUCUGUCAGCCAGCAACCCUGAAGAAGCACUGAAGGCUUUGAUAUCAUGGCAGCAAAAAAUCAGGCAGCCCGUUCCCCCAGCUGUCACUAUGUGCCUUAAGAAAAUCGGCCUUCUUUGUCAUCAGAUAAGGCCAAAAAUCUAAAAUCACUAUAGUGGUUUAUCUUUUAAACUACUUAAAUAAAUAAAAUUCACCUGUGGAGAACCUCACCUGGACUUGCAAAGCUACCAGCAUUGUGGACCCUUUACAUACACUUUCACCAUUUUUAUCUUGCAAAUGAUACCAAAGCAUUAGGGCACUCAUGGCCAGACUGUGUAAUAAUAAUCCC